AUUUAUAUAUAAUUGUAGCAUAUUUUUUACAUAAAAAUAAAUUAAAUAAUAUUUGUCAUGCAUAUUUUAAUAGAAGGAAAUUGAUAGGAUCCUGUGAGAAGUGGGAAUGUAUAACUUUCUAAAUGAGUUCGACUGGUAUUUUUACAGGAACUUGGCCAACAGCAGAUUUAUCUGUGGAAGGACUGGGGCUCUUCAGAGCUACGGUUCUUCCAAUUUAUUUAUCGUUUUGGGGCUUUCGCUUCUGUUAUUUCGACUAUUUCUUCUCCUCUCAGAAUACAAGUCGAUUUGGUACAUCGCAAAACACCUUCAAUCUAACCCUAAGGCCAUCCAUUUGAGUGGAAUGGCUGAAUACACAUCGGAGAUUUUAAAUUUAUACUUUAUCCACUUUAGACAGAUUUUAAAAUUUAAACGAAAAUUUAAAGCAGUUCCCAUCCCUAGAAUACACAUGCCACUUUCACUUAAUUCGAAUUCACUUAAACUUACAUCUGUCACUGCAAAUUCAGUCAGUAGUCCAAAAAAUGUUAAAUUAGAGAAAAAUCCUGAGGAUGAUGAUUAUUUUAUAAAUUUUAAUUUCGAUUGUACUAAAACAACAUUCGUGAGUGCCCAUUGGGGUGUUCCAGUUGACAUUGUUUAUUCUGCCAUUGUGCCAAGAAACCCCAAGAAGGAUACCUUCCGACUCUCCAUUCUCAACGACACAGUCCUAAAUAAGGCUAAAAAAAUGCUUAGAAAACUUUUAAUACCCUUCUAUAACGAGCAAUGCGAGAUGUUACUGGAUCAGCCAGUUGACCUUUUCGACACUUAUAAGGUCUCUGGAGACAUCUCGCUCCUCUGUAACGAGGAUAAUUUCUGUUCUUCUGAUCCUAUUUGUUUUAAUGCAGGAACUAAAAUUAGCUGUUCCAUUAAACCAUGGAAAAAGUUUAUUGAAGUUGAUGGUAAGACCUUGCCAAUAUGGAAAUGCUUAACAUCUCACGAUGAGUUAUUACAGAGUAGGGUUCCUUUGGUUAUUGUCCUAUACACUCCGAGGACUCAGGAACCUAGAGUUUUUGCUGAAGGUGACGUCGAGAGUCAUCAGGGAUAUGCUGAAAUAACUAUAGUGAGGUUUAGAAAACCAAAUGAAGUCUUAAUUCCAUUUGUUACGAGCCCUAAGAUAUCGCCAAAGGUUGUUAAGCAGGUGGUGUUCUGCGGUGAAUACAUAAGCCCACAGGAACCCAGGGAUAUGUUCGGCAUGGGUGAUGUCAAGGAUAAGGAAUGCCUUAUCUGCAUUGCUAACGACAUGGACACUGUGCUUUUACCUUGUGGCCACGGUUCUUUCUGCUCCAGAUGCCUUUUCAGCCUCAGAAACGACAAGUGCCCAGUAUGCCGAAGGAGCUUUUAUUCUUACGUCAAGUUCCCUCUUAAAUCCCGUGCUCAAUAAUUUUAUACACAAUAAA